AUGAUGAAGGGUUUCUUAAAACCAAUAUUGGGUGGAAAUAUCAUCGAUGCUAGUUGUGGAAGUGGAUUGUUUUCAAGAUUAUUUGCAAAAAGUGGACUUUUUUCUUUGGUUGUGGCUCUGGACUACUCAGAGAACAUGUUGAGGCAAUGUUAUGAGUUUGUUCAGCAGGAAGUUAACUUUCCAAAAGAGAACUUCAUCUUGGUUAGAGCAGACAUAGCUAGACUUCCUUUUGUUUCUAGUUCUAUUGAUGCUGUGCAUGCAGGAGCAGCUCUCCAUUGUUGGCCUUCACCAUCAGCAGCUGUAGCUGAAAUAAGCCGUGUUUUACGGCCUGGAGGUGUCUUUGUUGCAACCACCUACAUACUGGACGGGCCUUUUAGUGCUGUCCCAUUUCUAACUACAUUUCGCCGGAGUAUAAAGCAAGUAUCUGGGAGCUGCAUCUUCCUCUCUGAACGUGAACUCGAAGCUCUCUGCAAGGCGUGCGGACUGGUUGGAUUUAAAUGCAUUAGAAAUGGGCCUUUUGUGAUGAUUUCUGCUGCAAAGCCUAAAUAA